AUGCAUUUGUUCACAUUAUUAACGUUACUCAGUUAUUUCUUCGGCGCAGUAAUUGCCCAAGUUCCUAUAUACACUUUUCCAAUUCAAACCAAAAAUUAUUAUGUUAGCGGUGGGAAUGGAGUUCAAAUUUUUGUCGAAGAAAAGGGGAAUCCUGAGAAGACUACGAUCGUGUUCACAAGUGGGUAUUUGGGAACGCGUAUUAGCUGGGAUCCACAAUGGACUGAUUCAUACCUUAGCAAGGAAUUUCAUCUCGUUAGGUGGGAUUGUCGAGGACUUGGUCGAAGUGAUAAACCAAAUGAUUACUCUCUCAAGUUACACAGUGAUGACCUUGCAGCCGUAGUAGCUAAUGUUAAAUCGAAUAAAUCGAACAAGAAGAUCGUCUUGGUUGGAUGGUCUUAUGGGUCACCAAUUUCUCUCACAUUUAUGCAAAAUUAUCCUGAAUUUGAAGUACAAGGAUUUGUUUCGGUUUCGGGACUCGUUAAUUUCAAAUUUGAAAUGAAAAAAGAACUUGCGGAUGUGUUUCCUGCAUUGAUGGGUAGUGAUGAUUUUGCAACAAUUACUUCCACAUUAUCUAAAGUUUAUAGUAAUAUUGCUGCUAAACCUACUUCUGAUGAACUCUUCUAUCUUAUGCUCGGUCAAGCUUCUACCGUUUCUAACGGAUAUCGCAAAACUAAUAUCUUUGAUCAAACAAUUGAUUUAAGUAAUUUCUUUAGUAGUCUAAAUAUUCCAACCUUAAAUAUCAUUGGCGAUCAAGAUCAACUUGUACCGCUUGAUUAUAGUUUAUAUUACGCAGGUCUCGCUAAAUAUGGAAGAAAAAUUAUUUACGAAGAGUGUGGACAUAUCGCGCCAUGGGAAUAUACAAAGGAAUUUAAUAAGGACAUCUCGGAAUUCGCGUCCAAAAUAUAG